AUGGUUGCUGCGUUUUGGUUAUUGCGCCCAGUUGCUGAGGGAUGCGGCCUGUUGAUUGCUACCUGGCGAUAUGCCCCCUCUCCCGCCCCUCCCAACUUUGAAGAUAUCGCCAUUGCAAUAGCAAAUGCAAUUCGGGCGUUCAAUGCUGCGCUCGCUACACCUAUGGUCCCCGAAACCCACCCCGCCAUGCCUAACACUCAAGAAGGGAAUGUUGUGGCGCCUGCGAUAUCCAUCCUGCGCACUCAACAUUAUGGCCCCAAUCAAAGCCGCCACCGCCAGGCGUCUUCUGCCCCGAAUUAA